AUGGGUGUGCUCAGUAAGCUACACCAAGGAUGGGCAAAAUCCAGUGAAGAAUGGCGAGACCGCGUCAUCUAUCAAGUUUUGACGGAUCGGUUUGCCGUCAACGAUACUUCAAACCCUGAGUGUGAAAAGGGUUCUAGCAAGUACUGCGGUGGUACUUGGAAAGGCAUCCAAUCUAAGCUAGAUUAUAUUCAGGAAAUGGGCUUUAACGCUAUUUGGAUGUCUCCUAUUGAUGAAAACGUUGAAGGAACAUAUGGAGAAGACGGUGAGGCUUAUCACGGAUACUGGAACAGUGAUUUUACUCGUAUAAAUGAGCAUUGGGGUUCCGAAGACGAUUUAAUUGAUCUUAUUAACGAUAUGCAUAAUCGUGAUAUGUGGGUUAUGUUCGAUGCCCUUGCCAACUCAAUGGCCAUUCCCGGACCCCCUGAUAAUAUUACUUACUCUCAUCUUCAUCCUUUCAAUUCAUCUGAAUACUUUCACCCCUUUUGCUGGAUUGAUUAUGCUAGCACAAAUGAUUCUGAUAUCCAAGAUUGCUGGAGUGGUGAUAAUGAAAUCAUACUUGCAGACUUAGAUCUCGAGUCCGAUGUAGUUUCUAAAUAUUUGAACGAGCAUGUUCACGAUGUCGUUCAACGUUAUGGUAUCGAUGGUAUCCGAGUGGACGCUAUCAAGCAAAUGAACCCCAACUUCUUUCCGGAUUAUCUCAAGGCUGCUGGUGUUUUUUCCGUUGGUGAGAUGUUUUCGUACAACCCUAAUAUUUCCUGCUCUGUUCGUAAUCAAAUUGAUAGCAUUACUAGUUAUCCAAUUCGACAAGGCAUCGAAUUUGCUUUCAACAAUACUGGUGCUGCAUUCCAGUAUCUUCAUGAAAUUGAUACUCAGUUUCAGGAGGCUUGUUCCGGUCAAGAUAUGUCCAUAGUAGCCAACUUUUUGGAAAACCAUGAUUUGCCCCGUUACCCUUAUAUUACAGAUGAUGCCUCGCAAAAUAAAGGAGCCAUUGUGUUUCUCUUACUUCAUACUGGCAUUCCUAUAAUAUAUUAUGGACAAGAGCAACACCUGACUGGUGGUCCUGGUACCUCGGAUAAUCGUGAAGCUUUGUGGAAUUACGGUUACAAUAAGAACUCACCUAUUUAUCAAUUAAUUCGUUCAACCAUCGCUCUGCGUAAGCAAGCUAUGCACGACAACGAUAAAUGGACGACUACGAACCACGAAUUUCUUGAUUACGACUUACGUUAUGCAUUUGUUCAAAAGGGUGAUGUUCUCGGUGUCUAUACAAAUUACGAGUCGAAUACUGACAAAGUUGCUUACGAUGUCGCUUCUAAAUUCAAGGAAGGAACCAAGGUUCGCGAAGUUUUGAGCAAUACAACAACUACCGUAGGUUCUUCGGGUACAUUACACGUUACAGUAACCACUGGCAUGCCUCAAGUUUAUUAUCCAGAGGCUAGCUUGAGUUCAUUUGAAAACUUUAUAGGGACUCCUACGAGCUACUAUUCUUCUUCUGCAUCAUAUCCGACGUCUUCAUAUCCCGGGUCACUUUCAUUUACUGGUUCUUCCAGUUCCUCUUCUGCUCCUCCAAGUACUUUUUCUUCUGUUAAUACGCAUCACAGCACCUAUACGAGCGGCUCUUCGACCUAUACUAGCGAUGUAGCAAGCACUGCUUAUUCUACAAGCAAAGAUAGUGGAUCCAAUGAGUCUAAGGGUUCUAGUACUAAACCUUUGUCUUGCAUGAUGGCCUUCACCUGCUUGUUAGCCGUUGUUUUGUUGAUCUAA